AUGGGCCUGUCGUGUUCCCUGUGUGGGCAUGUAAUGUUAUCAUAUAAUAAUUACUCGAAACACUUGUGCUGUACCCAUGGUGAUGAAGGUGCCAAAGCUGCAUCCGAACUCGUAAAAGAAAGAAGGUUGACAGCGAAGGUCACGGGACAACACGAAUGCACCUUGUGCAACCUCAGAAGCUCGUUGAAAGCUUUAAACAAAGCUUUAAACCAGGAAAAGACUAAAAAUUCUGCGGAUUGCGACAAGGAUUUGUCGGCUCCUGGCCCAGGUUCCACCGACACGGAGUCAGAACCACAAGAUUCUGACUCGGGUUCCACCGAGAUGGAAUCAGAAUCACUCGAUAGUUCUGGCGAUUCUGAUUCCCAUAACGAUUCGGAGAAGUCGGAUUCUCGGGGAUCUGUUUCUGAUGCCAUCAAGGAAGGUAAAUGUACGAAGAGUCGGGAUCGAGCAGAAAAGAUGCUCGAUCAUAUACGUGCAUAUAUCAAUAGGUUGGAUAGAAAAGGAACCGAUGAGGCAAAGCUCGCCCUGCAUGAAGUGGAACGUAAAUUAUGGAAAAUGUUGAAUACAUUUGGUGAAAAAUUAACAGAAGACAUUGUCUUGGUGGAACUGGAUUCUGAUGAGGAUGAUGACAUCGAUAGUGUGGAUCAGGGUUCUCCAGAUGAGGAAGAUGACAACGCUAGUCACGAUCUUGAUGCUUCAGAUGAGGACGAUGAUGAUGUUUUUUGCCGCAAAUGUGGGGAUGUACAACCUCCUGGGAACUCAGAUGUACUCACUGACUGGAUACGAUGCAAUGAUUGUGAUGCUUGGGCACAUAAAGAAUGCCUUGAUUCGAGGGGAUGCAUUUUCUGUGGCAUUGGAAUGUGUGAAACUGCGUCUUCUACCGAAUCGGAAGUAAGUUGGGAUCAAGCUCCUAUCUAUUACCAAAACACUUUGACUUGCACGUACGAAGAGGUAAUAAGACUACUACAAGGAUAA